AUGGCAAACAUUAGGAGGAACAAUGAAUUAAUUGAAGCAAUGCAAGUUACCCGAGACAUGGCUGCUGCUCUAAUGAGGAAUCAAAGACCUGAUGGAAACCCUGAAUCACAAGGUUUAGCUGAAUUUUGGAGAAACAAACCUCCACAAUUUUCUAGAGGAUAUGAUCAAGAAAAGGCUGAAUUAUGGAUUAAGGAGAUGGAGAAAAUAUUUCGAGUUAUGAAUUGUGCUGACAACCAAAAGGUAAAUUAUGUUGUAUUUAUGUUAAUAGGAGAAGCUGAAUAUUGGUGGGAUGGUACCAGGAGAUUACUUGAAGGAGGAAGAAUAAUUAUUACCUUGGAUGUAUUUAGAACAAAGUUUUUAGAAAAAUAUUUCCCUAAUGAUGUGAGGAGAGCAAAAGAAAUAGAGUUUAUGCAGUUGAAGCAAGGAAGUAUGACAGUAAGGGAAUACACUUCCAAAUUUUUGGAAGAUUUUGAGAACAACCAAGAUAUCAAACCAAAGUAUUUUGGACCCCAAAUAAAUAAAAAUAAACGUAUUGAGGGAAAACCUUACAAUCGCCCACAAUGGAGGACCCAAUCCAACCAAUCUUCAUCAGGAAAUUCUAGUAGACCUGUAUAUGAUCAUAUCAAAUGCUUUAAAUGCGGACAAGGUCAUCCUACUAAAGAUUGUCAUCUUAAGGGACCAAUCUGUUUCAAGUGCGGGAAACUUGGUCACCUAUUCUCUGAGUGUGGACAACAAAAGCCACAUUUCAAUCCAGUUGCAACCAAGACAAGACCUACCACAACAGGAAGAGUUUACACCAUGACUGGAGCUGAAGUUGCUGAAAACAAUGAUCUAAUUAAAGAUGACAUUCUUACUUAUUCCAAGACUUUUGAGGAAUAUGAGGAACACCUUCGGCUUGUCUUGCAAAUCUUGAGAGAAAAGAAAUUGUAUUCAUUGGAGAAAUUGACUGAAUUGUACAUAAGAGAAAUUGUGAGGUUGCAUGGAGUUCCAACAAGUAUUGUGUCUGAUAGGGAUCCUAGAUUUACUUCUAAGUUUUGA